UUUCCCCUUUUAGCAUUUUUAAGGAAUUUCUGAAAAAGAGUGAACUUAAAUACAUUUCUCAUUACUAGUAAUGGGGAAAAAACAGUUGCACAGUGAUAUUAAAGUAAGAUGUCUGUAUUUAUUUUUAUCUUAUCAAGAAGGGAUCCACUGAGAGGCGUCCCUCUGCAUUCAGCACUAAACAGUCCUGGCACCUCCCACACACGUCACGUCAUCCAGGGGGUGUAUUCUAACGGAACCCCCUACCCCCACCCCCUGUCCAGAUGGAGCUGCUGCGGCUUUGAGAGCUUAGGAGGAGGAAGAGGAAGGACGCACUGCAGAGGCGGCGCAGCCAUGGGGAACGCACAACAGAACCCCCCCGGCAGGAGGCGCGGGGGAUCCGGACCGGAGCAGACCGCCGCGUCGGCAGGUGGGGGGACGGGGAACGGGAGCGGCUCCAAGGAGGUGGCCAAUGGGAAAGCUGAAAGGAUUCCCGCGGGGGGCCCGGAGGAAAGCCUUUGUCAGCCGGUGGACAAAAGUUACCUGGACGCUCCGGCUGGGGGUCUCCCUCCCCACCUGGCCCGCAUCAAGAACGAGGGAAACCACCUCUUCAAGCACGGACAGUUUGCCGACGCCCUGGACAAGUACACCGAGGCCAUUGACGGCUGCGCUCAAGCAGGUGUCAGCAACCCAGAAGACUUGUGCGUUCUGUACUCCAACCGGGCCGCGUGCUACCUGAAGGACGGCAACAGCGCCGACUGCAUCGAGGACUGCACCAAGUACUUGCGUGUGGGGAGGUUUUGGGAUCUGGUAAACGGCGAGCUCCAACGGAUUGUGUGUGUGUGUGAUCCCUUUAGGGCCCUGCAGCUGCAGCCGUACCACCUGAAGGCCUUGCUGCGCAGAGCCACGGCCCACGAGUCGCUGGAGCGCUACCGCAAGGCGUACGUGGAUUACAAAACCGUCCUGCAGUUGGACCCCGGCGUGCAGGUGGCGCACGACGGCGUCCACAGGAUCACCAGGAUGCUCAUCGAGCAGGACGGGCCCGAGUGGCGCUCCAAACUCCCGGAGAUCCCCGCCGUGUCGCUGUCGGCGCAGCGGGAACACCGCGAGAAACCCGCCAGCGUCCAGGAGGCCCGAGCGAGGGCGGCCCGGGCCUUGCGCGAGGAAGCCAGGCGUCAGGAGUGCCGCUUCGGUGCGCUGAAACGCGAAGGCGACGAGCUGGUGAAGAAGAAUCGAUUUGAGGACGCGCUGGACAAGUACAGCGAAUGUUUCGCCUUCAAAGCGGACGAAUGCGCCGUGUACACAAACAGGGCCAUCUGCCUGCUGAAGCUGAGCCGGUUCCAGGAGGCCAAGCAGGACUGCGACUCGGCCCUCCGCCUGGACCCCGCCAACAAGAAAGCCUUCUACAGACGAGCGCUGGCCCACAAGGGUCUGAAGGACUACCUGUCGGCCAGCGGCGACCUGGAGGAGGUCCUCCGGCUGGACCCCAACGUCGGGGAGGCCGAGCAGGAGCUGCUGGAUGUGACCGCCCUGCUGAGACAGACCCUCGUGGACGACGCGGCGCACUCGUAGAGUGAUGCGACGACAAGGUGCAAUCUUCUCGCCGAAGCGUGAAAACCACGCCGGCUGUCGACUCAUCGCAGUAAACCGUAGACCGGAGCGGAGUGUCGUCAGCGUGAGGGUGGAGUGCAAACCGCGGUGGUUUUAGCGUGCCUUACCGAGAUUUACACCUGGUGUUGCGAUGCAAUACGCCGAAUUUUGACUGCAACCUACUUUUGUGGAGUCUCUGAAGUGGAAUUUUCCAGAAAAGAAUGCCUCAAAAGUGAAAGCAUCAUCCUGAGCCAAAUUUCACAAGACUUCAACUCAAUGAGGCUUUAAAAAUAUUUUUUUUUUUUCCCCUUUGGAAAGCUUAGGUUUGCCUUUUAAAUUCAAAUCCGGCAUCACCUGUGUGGAGUUGGCAUGUUCUCCCGCGUGCCUGUGUGGGUUUUCUCCGGGCACUCCGGUUUCCUUCCCCAUCCCAAAAACUUAAAUUGCCCGAGUGUGUUCAGUUCAGGGUGUACCCCUUCAUUUAGCCGGGACAGGCUCCAACAGACCCACGCCACUGGUGUGGAUAAGUGGUGUAGAAAAUGGAUGUAUUGAAAAUUUUAUUAACGGGCAACUGAACUUUUUUUUUUUUUUCUCCCAAGGUCACUGAGGCGCUGCAGAUAUUUUAUGGAAAUAGCACAGGUGUACAUAUUAAAAGUACAAGAGACUUUAUUUGCGAAUGUUUAUUGUUUAAAGAUAUGCAUUCGUAUGCACAUUACAAAGCCAAUGAUUAAUAAAUAUAUGCUUUCCCCCAAAUGGAAAAAAAUAUGCUGUAAAUAAACCAAUUUCCAUGAAAAUAUCACUGCUGUGUUAGCAUUCAGAGAGAUUUGUUUUGAUGACAAAAAACAAACUUGCAAAGCUUUCCCCAAAAGGCACUAAGGGGCAAACAGACACUUGUUUGCAAUUAAUUUGUGAGAGAAAAAAGGGCCUUGAAUACAGAAAUAUGUAUAAAAUGUAAAUUAUUCAGGGGAGAAUCCAACUUAUAAAUGACAAGACUUUUUUUUUUUUUUGUAUAACUGCUACACUUGACUAAGAAUCGGAACUUUGGCAAAAUUAGAAGCAACUAAAUGCCAUUCCAGUGACUUGAUAUAUACUGUAUAUAUUUUUUUAUUUUUAUAUAUUUUUUGCAUAGCUUCCAUAUGGAGUUUGUCUAAAUGGAGAAUAUCAUUUUUGUUUUUCAAAUAACAUUCAAACCCAAGAAAAGUUCAGACCCGAGGCAAGGCUACGACAAAAAAAAAAAACAAAAAAAAAACUUUCC